CCUCCCCUGACACCGGGGAGCCCUAGUGCUAAUGUCACAGCCCGGGAGCCGGGGGCUGCACUGCUGGGGGAAGCGCUGAGACUCCCUCCCCCGGGGUGGGGAUCAGCCCCCCUGGGUGGUCGGUGCUGACACCCGUCUCCCCGCAGUGGAGAACAUGCUCUCCCAGGUGGCCUUCUACCAGCGCACGGACCCGGCCCAGCGGGAGGCCGGGGAGUUCAUGUUCGAGUUCGACCAGGACGAGAUCUUUUAUGUGGACCUGGAGAGGAAGGAGACCGUCUGGCGCCUGCCCGACUUCGGCAAGUUCACCAGCUUUGAGGCGCAGGGCGCCCUGGGCAAUAUCGCCGUGCUGAAGAAGAACAUGGAGAUCAUGAUCCAGAGGUCCAACCGCACGCGGGCCCAGAACGGUAUGGUAUGCCACAACACGGUGGGGGGCACCUUCCCUGCCAGGGAGCUGACCCCUCCCCCGCCCUCUCCCCUAGGGACCUGAGCCCUCCCACCACCU